UCUGAUUCUGUUGGAGCGCGAGGAAGUUUCCUCCAGUCACAAAACAUCAAAGGAUUAAUUAUUUUUCCCUUCAUGGAAAAUUACUGAUUUUUGUUUUUAAAUAAGCUCCACACACACAGGUUAUCUGAGCCCCCAGAGUCCUCUUCACCACCAUGAGUUGGGGGGCUCUCUAUGCCCAGCUGGGCGGCGUCAACAAACACUCCACCAGUCUCGGAAAGAUUUGGCUCUCUGUCCUUUUCAUCUUCCGCAUCACUAUCCUGGUUCUGGCAGCUGAGAGCGUCUGGGGGGAUGAGCAGUCAGACUUCACGUGCAACACGCAGCAGCCUGGCUGCAAAAAUGUCUGCUACGAUCACUUCUUUCCCGUGUCGCACAUCCGCUUGUGGUGCCUGCAGCUCAUCUUCGUAUCCACACCGGCUCUGCUCGUAGCCAUGCACGUCGCCUACAGGAAACGUGGGGAUAAGAAGACCAUGCUGGCCUCCAACGGCCCCGAGAAGACGACGGAUACCGACCUGGAGACGCUGAAGAGGAGGCGUCUGCCAAUCACGGGCACACUGUGGUGGACCUACACCUGCAGCUUGUUCUUCCGGCUCAUCUUUGAAGGUGGGUUCAUGUACGCGCUGUACUUUGUCUACGACGGCUUCCAGAUGCCCCGGCUGGUGAAGUGCGAGCAGUGGCCUUGCCCCAACAAGGUGGACUGCUUCAUCUCCAGGCCGACAGAGAAGACCAUCUUCACCAUCUUCAUGGUGUCCUCGUCGGCCAUCUGCAUGGUGCUGAACGUGGCCGAGCUGGGCUACCUCAUCGUCAAGGCGAUCCUGAGGUGUUUGACCCGGGUAAAGAAGAGGAAACACUCUUACACCCACACGGACAGCGUGACACGGGACAAUACCCAUCUGCAGAAUAAGAAGAACGAGAUGCUGCUGUCUUCCUCCACGGAUUUGCCCAGCAACAAGACCAUGUGUUGAAGGGCAGCCAUCAGUGGUGAAGUGGGACGGAAGAAGAUAAAAACCCUUAAACUGUAAAUCCAACCACCCAUAAUAGUCAAAUUUCACAUCUACAAUUUGGUAAUCAGGCUCUAAAUGUGAGCAUCCACCACAAUUGUCUCAUGGGAAGGUGAAAUAGCUUUUGAGGCAGAUUUCGAGACAGUGGAAACUUUAAAUUACCACAGCAGAAACUAGUUAAGCUACACAGUAUUGUUGGGUCGGCCUGUCUUCUACAUUCAUGAGUUUCCACCGGUUAGGAAAACAAAAAAGCCGCCAGGUAGCAAAGAUUGUCCCUGUAUUUGUGGAUCUUUAUCACAAGUGUCACCUUUACAUUUUAA